AGUGUUGUUGCUGCAGCUGUUGUUUCUGUUGCUGCUGCUGCUGCUGCUGCUGAUGCUGAUGCUGCAGGAGAGGAGGGAUCAGAGGAAGAGAAGGAGACAGAGAAAAAGGAGACAGAGAAAAAGGAUACACAGAAAAAGGAGACAGAAAGGGGACAGAGAGGAGACAGAAAGGAGACAGAAAGGAGACAGAAAGGAGACAUAAAGGAGACAGAGAGGAGACAGAAAGGAGACAGAGAAGAGAUAGAAAGGAGACAGAAAGGAGACAGAAAGGAGACAGAGAGGAAGGAGACAGAGAAGAGACAGAAAAGAGACAGAAAAGAGACAGAAAAGAGACAGAAAAGAGACAGAAAGGUGACGGAGAAGAGACAGAAAGGAAACGGAGAGAGACAGAAAGGAAACAGAGAAGAGGGAGACAGAGAAGAAAGAGACAGAAAGAAGAUAUAA